UUCUCACCAGACGGCCAGAGAAUCGUGUCCAGGUCUAAUAAUAGCACUAUCAAGCUCUGGGAUGCCCAGACCGGUAUAGAGCUGCGAAAUCUUGAGGGCCAUUCUGAUGCAGUUAACUCAGUGGCCUUCUCACCGGACAGCCAGAAAAUUAUAUCCGGGUCCUAUAAUAGCACUAUCAAGCUCUAG